GGCAACGGAGAUGGUUUCCUCCCAGACACCUCCAGAGGUACGAGGGUUUGUCACAAACUGAAAUUAGGCGAACUUUUUUUUGCAUAGUGUUGAACGACUAGCAUCAACCGAGCAUCAAGAUGCAGCUCUUCUUGCGUGCCCAGAACACUCACACCCUUGAGGUGACCGGACAGGAGACCGUCAGAGAAAUAAAGCUCCAUGUCCAGACUCUGGAGGGUCUCCUAAUGGAGGACCAGGUGCUAUUGCUGGACAGUUCCCCCUUGGAGGACUCUUCCUCUCUGGUGGACUGUGGCAUCUCUGAGUACUGCACCUUGGAAGUGGCUGGCCGACUUCUGGGAGGAAAGGUCCAUGGCUCCCUGGCCCGUGCCGGUAAAGUGCGGGGACAGACACCCAAGGUUGACAAGCAGGAGAAGAAGAAGAAGAAGACUGGUCGUGCCAAGCGUCGCAUCCAGUACAACAGGCGCUUCGUCAAUGUUGUGCCCACCUUCGGCAAGAAGAAGGGCCCCAACGCCAACUCCUAAGAACCCUGUCCCCCCCUCAAGAGAAUGCUGAAAGGUUUUCCUCCUGUACAGAAUAAAGAUUUGGCUUGGACU